UUUGCUUCCGUAUCGUUGAAAAAGAACAGUUUGUGUCUUGUGGAUUUCAUUACUAUUGCACUGUUACAAAACAGACUAUGUUAUAAUUUAGCUUUCAAUAUAGGAUGAUGUCUGGUAGAAGUGAAAAAACAGAAAAAUCCUCGGGCUCAAAAAUGCUCAAGAAAGCCCGAUCAUUUCGUGAAGACAUUAAAUGCAAAAUAAAAAGACGACCCUCCUCGGGAGCACAACAGAUGAUUCCCGAUCCAAAGCCGAAGUGUACCAAGACAUCAAAACAUAUGAGUCGCACCAGCAGCAUGAGUGAUGGACUGACAGCAGAUGAAGACACAGAGAAGGAUGCUGGCCAGUUGCAGCUGGAUGUGGAUGAGCUGAACCGCACACUGACGUUCAUCACGAUGGCUGUGAUUAACAAGGAGAAAUUUGAAAUCCUGCCCGCCCUCGCCAGCAAGGUGCUGGAAAACAUCAUGAGUAUCUGCACCAUGCUGAGUAACCUGCUGAUGAACCAGGACAGUACAAAGCUAUUAUCUGGGCACAAUAACGUAUGCCAGUGUCUUGCCAGAUUUAUUCGGUGGUCUGACAGUGUCUUUCUGAACUCGAAGCAGGCCCAAGAUAAAGAUAAUGCAAAUGAAAUUAUCACAGCCUUGUCGGAAGGAGUCAAGGAUCUCUCGCAGCUAUGCAUUGAUAAAAUGGCCAACCGGAAAAGCAGCUUACCAAAGUCACCUGGAAUGAAUAAUGGAAUACCCAGCCAUUCAGAAAAUGGGAAGCGCCAGUCCUUGCCAGACAUUCCUCUAACCCCCCGUGAGCGGCAGAUUCUCAAACAGACCAGUGAGCUGGGAAUAUAUGACAAUGCAUCAAUAACUGUAUCACGGUCCAGUGACAGUAUCAGUAACCAAACGAUGUUCACAUUUGAAGAGUCACCACCGCCCAAACCUCCCCUGCCACAGACUGGUCAUUCCAUAAUUCCCAGAUUGCCUGGCUGUGAAUGUGCUGGAGGUGACGGUCCCCCGCCACUGCCCGAGAAGGAGAAGCGGCGGUCACACCAGAGUUUGAUUGAUUCCAUGUCGAGCAGCACAUCUAGCUGUUCCCGCACACCGACACAGUCUCCUCACGACAGUGUGCUGAUGAACCCGGCACUUGAACAGUCCUACAGCUCAGGCUUGACAACUCCACUGAGUAAUUCUACACACAGUAUUUCACCACUGAACCAGUCUCCAGCAAGCAGCACAGGCUCAGGAUUAAACCAGUCCCAUGAACACUUAGUUUGUGGGGAUCCAAGUGAGUUUGGUGGACAUUCUUUUCCAGGACAGCAAACAUCUAGUUUCUCUUCUAGAAGUAUAAGUCUGAAUAGUAACAGUUCCAGGAAACAGCAUACAUCAUGUGAUCAAAUAAAUUUAUUGACAGGCCAGAUACAGCAGCUGACUUCUAGUAUUGAUGAGGUUCCACCACCACUUCCCUCUAAGCGUUUUCACCGGAUGUUGUCAACGUACGACAACCUUCCUGAUGGUGUGACCGGUGUCAUGAGUGCUACCUCUCUGGCGGCCACCACAUCCCGAACAGUUAUCAAUAAAACAGAGUCGCGGUUUUCAUCUUCAUCAACCAGCAGCUCCCAGUCAUCGCAGUCGUCAGGCGUGUUCACUCAGAAGUCCUCCAGUACAGCAAUCUACACUGAAGAACGAGCCAGCUCGCAGGAAACGUACUCCAGUUCCGAGACGUUCUCGUCUGCUACUAGCCAUUCCAGUAUGGAGAGUUUACCCAAAGGAAUGCCACCACCUUUACCACCCAAAAAAGCACAUAUACACGACUAUAUGAGAACAUUUGGGUCAUACACACAGCCCUCCUCACUGGAGUGCAUAUCACGCCACUCAAUAAACUUCUAUGAGGCCCAGUGGCAUCAGCAUCAGAUUGAGCUCUUCCAGCCGAUGUACCCGAGGUCGAACACCAUCAGCGUCAUCUCCGACAUCUCCAACCUGAGCUCAGACACGUCUUUCAGCAGUGGCUCACCAGACCAUUGCCUGGCCAUCCCAGCUCUACCUCUCAAAAUAAAAAGGUUUGAUCCUGGUUUGAACCGUCAGAGUUUGGGUUCAACGUGCUCCAGCAAUUCUGAUGUCUCAAAUAGCACAGGAGAGCUGCGCGACAAGUCAUCCAGUGUGUGUGAGCCUCCAGUCACAGUUCGCAAAACUAUCACAUUUGAUCCCAAACGGCUGUCUGCUCCAGCACAUGUAGGAUUGCCAGUUGCUCCUUUAGCUGUCCCCGAGAUCACGCCCGCCCCGGUCAGCUCAGAGGAGACUCCACAAAUACAGAAAGAUGCAGACUCUGACUUUGCCGAGUUGAAUCCACUGGAUGAUGUCGAUGUUUCAGAUCAAUUAAUUAGGAAGAAACCAGGUGAAGAUGGACCGGAUAUACGAGGAGGUUUUAUCGAUCCACUUGUUGUACAUGCUACAGUUGCAGGAAAAUCUGGCUCACAGGGAGAUCUUGUUAACCAGGAAGAGUUCAUUUACCAAGAAGCUUUUUUGACAACAUACCGAACAUUCAUCUCUCCGAAGAAUUUGAUUGAAAAACUGUUAUACCGAUUCUACAAGUUCCAACAUGCUACUGACAACAAAAAACGAUUGGGAAGGAAUUCCUUCUCUCUACUUAUUAGAGUUGUUGAUGAAUUAGGUUGUAUGGAAUUGGAUGAUGAAGUUGUCAAGAGAAUGAUGGACCUAGUGUUUGAGUUGAUCAGUCAGGGAGAGCUGAUAUUUGCACGCAUUUUACGAAACAUUCUUAUUGAAAAGUGUGAGAAGAGGCAGCAUUCACUUGUAGAAUCAAAUAAUCAGCUUCCGAUCCAGUCGAUCAAUCUAAGUCAGAGUCUGCCAGAUUUGCUGCAUUUCAAGUCUCAUGAUAUUGCUGAGCAGAUGACAUUAUUGGAUGCAGAACUGUUCCAAAAAAUUGAGAUUCCUGAAGUGUUGCUGUGGGCCAAAGAACAGUCUGAGGAACUGAGUCCUAACUUGACACACUUUACAGAACAUUUCAACAAGAUGUCUUACUGGUGCCGGACAAAGAUUCUUACACAAGAUGAUCCAAAAGAGAGAGAAAAAUGCUUGAUUAAGUUCAUCAAAAUCAUGAAGCACCUUCGAAAGAUGGCAAACUUUAACUCAUACCUAGCAAUACUGUCAGCAUUGGAUUCAGCUCCAGUUCGUAGAUUGGAGUGGCAAAAACAAAAUCUUGAAGCAUUGAAAGAAUUCUGUCAGCUGAUAGACAGCUCGUCGUCAUUCCGUGCCUACAGACAGGCGCUGUCAGAAACAGAACCACCUUGUAUUCCUUAUCUUGGCCUAAUUCUGCAGGAUCUGACAUUUGUAAAAAUUGGCAACCAGGAUUUGUUGCCAGAUGGUAGUAUUAAUAUGGCCAAGCGCUGGCAGCAGUUCAACAUUCUUGAUGGUAUGCGGCGCUUCAAGAAGUGCAAUUAUGGUUUUAAGAGAAGUGAAAAGAUUCAGCAGUUCUUUAACAACUUUGAUAAUUAUCUCAGUGAAGAAACCUUGUGGCAGAUAUCCCAAAAAAUCAAACCCAGAGAUGUUAAGAAAAGAGUGGAAGUUGAUUCGUGAGAUGAGUGAGAUAAAUGGCAAUGACUCGUGUACAGACUGUCAACUGGAAGAUUCCAAACCAACAGUGAAUGUGGUGGUCGGUGAUCUUCAGCAGAUGUACAUUGAUAUGUCCGGCCCUGCUGAAUGAGUACAUUGUCUCCUGCAGUUCACCAAUCUCGUGUGCAUCUGAAUUGAAAAUCCAGAUUGUUGAGCUGCAUUGUGAUGCUUUAACUCUACAUAUACACUUGACAGAAUUAAAAACAAUAUCAAAUCUUACAACUGAAAGAACCGAAAAAUCCUUACUAGUUGGAAUUGUUGAAAAGUUAGUUACAAGUUCAGUCAGAUAAUGGAAUUGAGUAAGAUGAGUAAUGUAUAAAAUAAGAAAAGCCCAUAUACCUACUGCAGAAUAUCAUUUAGCUGUAUCAUGAAUUUUUAAGUGCAUUAAAUAUACUCGAUAGAUGACACACUUAAAAUGUGACUGGUAUAUUUAGUACAUCAUAACAAUUACAAUGUGAAUUGUCACAAGACUGAGCUCAUCGUGAAUGGAUAGGAAUCGGUAUGUGCUGGGAUAGGUUUUAUCAUCGCAUUGUUAAGACCCAUACAGCAAAGUGUGUUUUGAAGUGCGAAAGCGUUGACACUGUUGCCUUGUGCCAUGAAUGGCAAGGCAUUAAUAAGGUUAUGCAUGACAUUUAAUACAUAGAUGGCUGGUUUAGCUUUCAGUGUUCAAACUUCAAGUUUUGAAUGCAUGGCAUCAGUUAUGCAAUUUAAUAACAGAGCUUAUUGUUUUGUUCACAGCUAUGAUUAUCUGGUAUAUUUACAAUAACAGACAGUAAUGUGGUGUAUAAUUAAAAGACUGUGCAUGCAACUACAGGUUGUGUGCAUGUGUAUUAGUGAAGAAGGUAAUCUUUUGAAAAUCUUUUUUCGUAAAUAUUUUUGCUUAGAUAACACAAGUUGCCAACA